AGAAUAAAUCAUGUGAGAUGGUGGGUCUCGUUUGGCCCAACGCCAAAAACCUCUCCUGCUAUUUCAUCUCUUAAGCCGCUCACUUCUUUUCGUCUUCGUUUUCAACAUCUCUGGUGCCUUCUUCUCUUGCCGCUAACGUCGAAACAACAAAGAAAAUGACCGAGCAGGUAAACCCCAAGGCUUAUCCCUUAGCCGACGCCCAGCUUUCCAUCACAAUCCUCGAUCUCAUCCAGCAAGCUGCCAACUAUAAGCAACUGAAGAAGGGCGCCAAUGAAGCGACCAAAACACUUAACAGGGGAAUCUCAGAGUUCGUUGUCAUGGCUGCGGACACUGAACCAAUCGAAAUCCUUCUCCAUCUUCCCUUACUGGCAGAGGACAAGAAUGUUCCAUAUGUGUUUGUUCGUUCGAAACAGGCUCUUGGAAGAGCUUGUGGGGUUACAAGACCUGUGAUUGCUUGUUCAGUUACCAGCAACGAGGGUAGCCAACUGAAAUCACAGAUCCAGCAACUGAAGGAUGCAAUUGAGAAGCUACUCAUCUAAAUGGUGAAACAUUCCAGCAUGAAGGGCCUCGGUAUAGAGUUGUUGGAGGCUUGGACUGAUAUUCCGUAGGCUUCUUAUGAUUUUAGUAUUUCUUGAACCAGAUGCUUGUUUGUAAGAACGUAUGAUGUCUACAGUGUAUGAGAUUCCUUAUCUAUAGUUUGUUGUAAGUUA